UGCUCAUUGCAUGAGCAAAGUUUAAAAAUUACCAUAAAUCUUAUCCAGCGUUUUGUUUUGAUUCCGAGGGGUUGCAUACCUGCAGGAUGCGUGCUUGGUGUGAUUUAUAAUUCGGUUGUGUAAUUGAAGUUUCGAAUCGCUUUAAAAUAGCGGUGUUUGUUGUUACAUCGAAUCGCAUCAAAUUGGAACAGAGCGGAACGGAGUGUAACGAACGUGUGUGCGAGUGCGGGGGCGGAUACUAGUAUGCACAUAUGUAUACAUACGAAAUUGAAAUUAUGCAGAAUGUGUACUAGAACGCAAAAACAAAUACAAAAUAAAUUUGGACGGCCAAAGUGUGAAUGUCUUUGGGAAUAUAGUUAUAAUACAUCAUACGGACUUUCAAUUGCACAUGCUAUCAUUCAAAACCAAACCCGUAUUCGAGAAAUGUGAAACAGUCAAUUCUGGCGCCCCAUGGAUGGACUUCCACAAAAUAGCUAUGCCAAGUUUGAGUGUUAGCUGCAGUGGGCGGUAGAAACAUUUGUGACCGACCCCAGACAACCACGUGCAAAAAUAUAAUACAUAUUAGGUAUAGUUGCUCGUGAGUUCCAACACUAAAUUGCCGAUAAUUGAAAGGGAGAUGCAAGUGGAAAGUUUAUUGGAAAAGAAAAUCCCACUGAUAAGUAGUUCCUUCACAUACACGCCUAAAGUAGCUCCAAUCGCAGACCGAAGAGUGUCCGAUCGAGUAAAGAACCUACCACAAACACAACAGGGUAUCGAUAUUUUAAGAAUUUUAUACGCAGCGUUGAUUGAAGCAGAGCUGAGGCUAAUAGAACAACCGGGCACUGGGAUGGCCUCAACUGUAAGCUCCGAUGAGGAUGACAAACUGCCCAAGACGACCCCAUCUCCUUAUCCAGCCACCAAUUACAAUCACAACAACAACAACAUUAAAUUGUUGCAAAACAAGAAUAAGAAAGCUUACAGAUCUUUGCACGACAAAAUAGAAGAUGAAGAGGUGAACCGUAAGAGAACAAAGUUCUCCAAUCUGAUUGACCCGAUUAGUAGUGAGGAGGAUGCGGAUGGAGAAGUAGGUGAUGGCGAUGAAGAUGGAGCUAACAACGAGAACAUAGAUUCUGAAAAUAAAAACGAUAUAUGCGAAGAGCAAACAGAUAAAAUAAUUGGGAUCACAAAUAAACCUCUUUCCAAUGCCAUCGAUGAAGCUACUGAAGCACCUACAGUUUCGAACGUUAUUUCUGAUUCCGCAAGGGAAACUAGUUGCAGUGAAGAACCAAGAGCUGGAUCUGAAGAAAAAGCAUGUGAUCUUUAUGCAAAUAAUGUUUAUAUUGCGCCCGAGCAGGCGUUGGUUACCAGUGUGGAAUUAGUAGUCCCAGCUCCACCUCAGGCGGGAGUGGAGCAGGCAUCGGUAACGGGACCGGUAACCAGAAACGUCUACGGUGAUAUUCACGGCGAGUUACAAUAUGAUUCAGCCGUCCUAUUUAAUUCUUCAGGAUCUUCCAACUCGCAAAACAACAAAAUCGAUGGUUGUGCAAGGGACACGCCUGCCUCCUCCUCCUCCAACUUGAAUUUAAGAAUUCCUACUAACUUAACAUUAGCAACACCGGGUGAUAUUAUGCUAACUGAUCAUCGGCGUACCACCAUAUGGACGCCGCAUAAUGAGAACAAGGAGGAGGCUUCAGGUGGCGACAUGCAUGUCAAACCUGAAUCGGAAACUAUAAGUGCGAACCCUGAACCUGCAGCUUAUCCGGCAGUUGGCGCUUACCGCAACCAGCUAAAUCAACGACAGGGUGAACUUUUGCUGCAGAUCGAAAAGGAAACGACUGGGAUAGCUGAAACUGGCGGAUAUGCGCAAAUGCUACCCUUGCCCGUCCAGCAUCAUCAUCAUCAGCAUCAUGAGACCACACCUCAACAGCACUACACCCAUCAGCAGGCACAGCAAACCCAUCAUCUCGAUGCAAACAACCAGCUUCAGAACAACGUGUACGCCCAAAAUAUGUACAUGCAAAAUAUGAACCCACAUCAGCACCAGCAUCCGCAUCAACAUUAUGCUAACUAUGGGCAGAACCAACAACACUAUUCCCAUGAACAACUCUUUGGUCUCCACCAUCCUGAUCAGCAACACACACAUCAUCUUCAGCAGCAGCAACAACAGCAGCAACAGCAACACAUCCCACAUCAUUUGGAUAUGGAGUGUCAUGGUCAUCUCCAGCAAAGGUCAUCCCUUUCCCACUCACAACAGCAACAAAUGCAGGAAGCCUACCACGACCUCAUGAUGGACGACUUUCACGAAGAUCCCAGUUCAGCAUACAAAUUAACUCUCUCGCCUGCCAAUGCAAAGCCCGAGAACCAAGAUGACGGAUACGAAACUAGUGCUGGCGAUGUGCUUACGCCAAACUCCCAUAGUUCAUCUACACACUCCGUCACGCCGCAACAUCAUAUGCAACACAGUGUUAUUGGGCUUAUGGCACAGAAUUCAAGCCAAAUUCAAAACAAAAACGAUGAGCAGCUUCACCCAUCACAGAACUCUGGAGUCAAUGCUGUCGCUAAUCCUAACAGCAACCAAAUACAAGUGAGUGCCACUCCUCCGCCACCUCACUUGGGCCUAUCAAUGGAUCGUUUAGCAGAUACAAGGAAUACGCCCAGCAUGGCUGGCGUAGAUCCCUAUAGCUUCAUGGGUGAAGAGAUCCGCAUGCUCUCGCCAGCUAGUCGUCACACACAUCUGGAAGUAGCCGCUUCCACAGUGUCUGCCUAUGCUCCAGUGCCAAUGUCAGUGCCAAACGACGAUACUGAUUGUCGCAGUGAUAUCUAUCGCACCCAUCAAACGCAGCAGCAGCAGGAGCCACACCAUUAUGAAGAUUCUAAAGAUAUUGAGGCUAAUAAUAAUGGAAAAGCGAACGAGAUGGACAAUCUAGAAAUUGGCACAAAACCAAUUCCCAAAAGAAGAGGGCGCAAGAAAAAACUUAUCGCUGUUGGCGACGCCAUGCUAAUUUCUUCCGCAGUUUCCCAUCAGUGUGACGUAACUACCGACACAACUAUUCUAACUGCCACACCUGAAAUCAUAGGAUCCAUGAGUGAUACAGUGGCCGCAAAACCAAAAGAGCGGAAAAAACAUGAUCGUUUUAAUGGCAUGUCAGAGGCAGAGGUCAUCAAGCGGACUAUUCCCGACCAUCUGUGUGAUAAUUUAGAUAUCGUUAUAGUCGGAAUUAAUCCAGGCCUUUUUGCCGCAUACAAAGGCCACCACUAUGCCGGUCCCGGCAAUCACUUUUGGAAAUGCUUAUACUUAGCUGGGCUCACACAGGAGCAAAUGAGUGCAGAUGAAGAUCAUAAGCUGAUAAAGCAAGGCAUCGGGUUCACCAAUAUGGUGGCUCGUGCAACGAAGGGAUCGGCUGACUUAACUCGUAAGGAAAUCAAGGAAGGCAGUCGGAUUCUACUUGAGAAACUGCAACGGUUUAGGCCCAAGGUAGCCGUUUUUAAUGGGAAAUUAAUAUUUGAGGUCUUUUCGGGGAAAAAAGAGUUUCACUUUGGACGACAACCGGAUCGCGUUGAAGGCACUGAUACUUACAUUUGGGUUAUGCCAUCGUCAUCGGCGCGCUGUGCUCAGUUGCCCCGGGCCGCUGAUAAGGUUCCUUUCUACGCCGCGCUCAAGAAAUUUCGUGACUAUCUGAAUGGCCUAAUCCCCCAUAUCGACGAGUCUGAAUGCGUGUUCACAGAACAACGCAUUAGACAAUGCUGUGAGCAGCAGGAACCCCACCCCAUCAACCAGACCAUCACGAGUUCCGAACAACACGCCAGCUUAAUAUACGUUGAUAGCACUGGCAGUGGCGGUACUGGUGGUGACGGAGCCGUGGCUGGCGCUGCAGGCGGUAAUUCUAGUCAAAGUGUGGAUAAAAUUCUGCCUCAUUUGGCCUCUAAUGAGUCAGCUACUAGCACAAAUAUCGUUGGCCGUACUCCUUUCAUCCAAUAUGGAAGUGGUAACGCUGAUGACGUCAUGAGAAAUGACAACUAUAUGUCUGUUUUUGGGCAGGCGCAGGUGCAGCCUCAAGAGAAGAAGAAGCGCGGCCGACCGAAAAAAAUUAAGGGACAGGAGUUGAUUGAUCCCUCCACCGGUAACAAAAUAACCAUUGUUGGCCAAAAGAUACCACAUAAUCACGAUUUGAAUAACAUAUUGAAUCUGUCCAUGCUCACAUCGGGCCACGCUGGUGGCAGUGAAACGCCGAAGAAAAAGAGAGGUAGACCAAAGAAGUUGAAACCAUCACUUGACAAUAUGACCAACUCCAAUCCUAACUCCCAUGCGAACGGCAAUCCCAACUCAAACUCUACACCCAAGUCCCAGUCAACGGGCAAUGUAAAUGGGAGCGUGCCCAAUAUGCACGCCUUGACCAUGGACCAUGUUGCAGGAUCGCCGCAGAACAGCUGCCAUCAAGUGCCGCCAAGCUUGUAUAAUACGCCGCCGCCAUCUCAUAUGCUGUAUACAUCGUCUGCUUCCCCCAUGGCAUCGCCAGCGCUGAACUGCACAUAUUCACACUCUCAAAUGCCGUCGGUUGUCCAGGGCACAACAUCCGUUGGAGAACUUAGUAGCCCGAAAACUCAAGAUCAUAUGUUAUCGCAGAAACAGGCUCAAGGGCAGCCCGUUACUGCUGUCGGGAGUAUAAGAGAUCCACCGCAUCCUCAUCUUGGUGAAACCCCGCCGCCCAACUCACCAAACAUGUGCUCCGUUGCCGAUUUCGAACCGCCAGAUGAUCACUCGGACAGCCAGGGACGUAGUGCAACACAAGGUCAGGGACAUGCCCAGGAUCAGACUCUCGGUGCGGAGAAGUCCCAGUACGCUAGUCCAGCACACGACACAGAUGCAAACCCAAAUGCUCAUGCCCAGGAACACUAUCAGCAGUGGCUGCCACACCCACCUACGCAUCCACUCGCACAUCCACAUCUCCAGCAAAGUCAGCAACUUGAACAAAAAUCUAUACCACAUCCAUCAAUGCAUUACCAACAGGAGCAAUCCCAGACGCAGCCUGAGCAUUGGCCACGCUAUGAGGAUCACAGCCAUAACAGCAGCCCCUACAUGCUAGCCUCGCCGCACCACCAUAUUAAUCUGAGCCCCCAGAUCGGCGGCAACAGCAGUGCCCAGGUCCAUAACCUAAACCAGAGCACUGUUCAGUUAGGGCCAGCGGUCCAGCAAAUGGGUUCUGAUGUGGCACGAAAGAGUUUAUCGGGAUUGGAGAGUCUAGUGGAUCAAAUACCAGCAAUGAGUGAGCAUGAAUCGAAUAGCAUAUCAUCGGCGACAGCUGCGGCCGCUGCAGCUGCUGUCGAAAGUCGACUCCUGGGACUACAACAGCAACAGCAGCAGCAGCAACAACAGCAACAACAACAGCAAAAACGGUGCCAUUCGCAGGACCCACCGGUGGCCGUGCAAUCAGAGUCUUUGAGCUCUGCGGACAACAGCAAUGGCCAUGCUUUAGCCAGUAAUUUCUCUGUAAGCAAUCUUGCUACUUCCGCAUCAUCCACGGCUGCAGAAACGGAUGCGGCAUACAAUAGCAGCUCCAAUCCAAACUCCACUCGUCCGGAAAAUCAGAGCAGGGGCGGAGAAUACGCUAUUCACAGCCCAACACCCACAAAUCCCGCUGGUUAUCCACAGCAUGCCAAUCAUCUGAUUAGCGCCGCUUUUGCAGCAGCUUCGGCCAAUAGUCCCCAGGCUGGUGUGAAUCCGCAUCAGCAUCAUUUGGCACAUCCGCAUCCACAUGCACCUCAACAUCCACAUCCGCAAAUGUACAUGGACCAUGCACACAUUACCACACACAUGGCCCACAUGGCUCCAGUCAAUGUGAACUCUAUGUAUGGUCCGGCGGCAGGUUCUUAUUCCUCGGGACCACAACAUGGAGCCAGUGGUGCGGGAGCAGCAGAUUAUUACGGAGUUGGGGUGGGAGUGGGAGUGCAAGGAGCCGUCCAAGGUGGCCCGGCAACAUUACAUGUGCCCAGUCCCAACUAUCCGUAUGCUCAUCCUUAUGGGCACACCCCGCCGCAGGCUAACUACCCGGGCUAUGCCCAUGCCCACCAUCAUCAUCACUCGCAUCAUCCAGGUCACCCGACCCACCAUCUCAGCGUUUUCGAGCGUCUCAAGCCCUCCGAUAUAAGCGGAUACACUGGGUUUUGAACAAAAGAAGCUUAGCUUGGUGUGAGGAGCAUGAAAUAUUUGCAAUAAUCAGCAAUCUCCGGCUAUGCCGUUAGUAGGUUAAGUGAAUUUUACGAGUAAAUACUUAAGAUAACCAAAGACUCCGCCUAAUACAAUUUUCUUUUGUAAGCAUUACUGAAAUUUGCAUAACAUACUGAGAUACAGAUACAGAUUACAAAAUAAUAUAACAACAUUACUCUUACUCGUCCAUGCAUAAAUACAGAACAGAUACAGUUAUAGAUAUAGAGUUUCAUAUAGCCAUUUAUGUUUAUAUAUGUAUAUGUAUGUAUAUGUAUAUACCCACCUACAUAUUAGAUAUAUCUAUUCGAAUUGACUUGAUUUGAUACGAUAUAUGCACGUGCGGUAUUUGAAGUAUUGGAUUACCGAUGCUAAUCAGCUUUCUGAUUUAUGAAUUAUUUAUAUAUAUACAAUACCUAUAUAUAGAACAUGCGCAUACGUAACAGCAAAAUAUUAACUGAACGAAUUUUUGUCGAAAAUUUGCCACAAAACAAGACACCUAUCAGUAUCGUAUUAGAUGAUUUACUCUUAUGUAUAUGUACUACGGAUACUAUAGUCAUAGAAUCCUACACUAGAAGUACACAUACUCACUGUUGUAUUUAGACCAUGGCAAGUCCCGACGCAUCGAAAUCGAGUAUAAGCAUAGAUAUAUACAUGUAUACAAAAUUUACACACCCACUUCGGAUUCGUAGUGGAGUUGGAAUCGAAAUGGAUUACUACUGUUAGUAACUAUAUAUGCUACUGCGUUGUGUCCUAAUUAAUCACUACUACUGAAAUACAAUUAAAUUUAAAUCCAAAUACAUAUAAAUGUAUCUGUGCAUAUGGCGAAUUUAAUUUCAACACAAUGUUAAAGUUUAGAGCUAAAGAAUUUCUGUACUUCGUAUAUUGCAAAUAUAUUAGGAGGUACGUGAAUAUUUUGUAAUUUAUGUAACUUCAAUUUGGUUGUUGACAGCCAAGAACAAUACAAAUAUAACAAUAAAACUGUUUAAAAAGGUGCAAUCAAUAACAAAUAACAUUUAAACAUAACUUUUAUGCAAUAUACCAAUACCGAUACCGAUACUAAUCUCAAUUUGAUUCAAAUAAACAAAUCUGACUUACUAAGUUUGCAAUUCUACAACAGUAAUCAUAAAGAAACUUUCCAUCCCACUUGUAGUUCCAAAAAAUCCAAAUACUGUAACGCCCAAAUAUAAGUAAUGUGCCACUACCUAUUGUCCGGAUUAGCUCAGAUUGACUAGCAGUGGCAUAAAUAUUUGAUGCCACUGUACAAUUUAAAUUUCGUGCUACAAACACCCAUCAAUCAAUUUAUGCAGAACAGGGCUCCAAGAGUUUCUAUCUACUGCUAAUUUCCCAAUCCAAUUCCCAUCAUAUGAUCCUAGUUGUAAAAUUUGCCAUCAGAUAAUGAUAGCCCAAGUCCAUCCUAUUUAGAUGGAACACAUUUCUACACAUGCAUACUUAUAAUAUUGUGACAUACAUACAUAAGUAACACUGAAGACUGUGACUAUGACGAAUUGUGUAUAUUUAUCUUUAUCUAUUAACUAAUACUAUACUUACGUAAGUACAUCCAUAUGUUUUAUUUUGUUCUACUAAGAUAAAUGUAUAUUUUCGGCAUUAGUUGCUUCGCGUAUGUGUAUCUUAAAGACAAUUGUAGAAAAUACAAUGUUCUUAUCUGUAAUAAAUCCACGUAUGGUUACUCUUAUCACAAA